AAACGACUCAGAAUUUGUCCAUCAUGUUCAUUGGAUGUUGCUUAGAAGAGGAGUAACUAUUUGCAAAGGGGAAUACAAGCGCUUACUCUUCUUUCCUCUUUACUAAACAAGGAAUAGGCCUAAGCUACAACCGCGCAGGAACUAUGCCUGUAACCAGAAUGAGGAUGAGACCCUGGCUGGAGAGUAAGAUUGACUCUAACUCCAUCUCAGGGCUGGUGUGGGUGGACAAGGAGAAGAAGAUGUUCUCCAUCCCUUGGAAACAUGCCGCUCGCCACGGCUGGGAAAUGGACAAGGACGCCUGCCUUUUCAAACAGUGGGCAAUCCACACUGGAAAAUUCCGGCAAGGCGAGACUGACCCGGACCCUAAGACAUGGAAGGCUAACUUCCGCUGUGCCAUGAACUCUCUGCCUGACAUUGAGGAGGUGAAGGACCGGAGCGUGAACCGGGGAUGUGGCGCCGUGCGCGUCUACAGGAUGCUGCACAUUACCGCCAAAACCAAAGAUAAGAAGUCUAAAGUGAAGGAGUCAAAGAGGAGGAGAAAGGUCAAGACAGAGGGGAUGGAGUACAGUGACAGCACCAGUUCGGAGCAGACCUGCAGCAGCAGCCCCCAGAAGUAUGAAGACAGGACGACGCAGGAGAGCACAGUGGAUAGUACCGACCACCUGGGGCUGUGUGACUACAUGAGCGAGUCCGAAGUACCAGACUUUGCCACGUCCAUCGAUGUUGUGUGUGCCGACAGCACCAGCCAACGCUAUGCCUUCCAGGUGUCACCUGACCAUUCGCCAGUGUACGACAUGGAUGCUGAGGCCAUUAUUGAGAUCACACAACAAUUGGAGCAAGAUCACACACAGUGGCCGCAAGGCAAGGGCUUCCUGACCAAUGACCUAUGCCGGUCAGACUACCCCAGUCCGGCCAGCCAGUGGAGUAACAAUUCAGGAGAGGAGCUAGAACUGCGACUGUACACAGAACUCAGCCCAGGUCUCUCCACGACAGAGGAGCUGGUAGGCUACAAUGACUACUGGAACUGCAACACCAGCUACUCCCAACAGACCUCCUGCCUCUACUGAGCCCCCUCCCUCCUCCCCUACCCUGGUCCAAACUCCCCACUCUGGCCAAGAGACCUCAAGCCCACCUGUAACAAGACACUCCUAAGGUCAACUCUCAUCUCUUGCUUGUCUUUGAUGGACAAUAGCCCAGGUGCUAGCUGCAGAUGUUGUCUGUAGAAACUUUGAUUCAGAAGCCACAGUAGAACCGGAGUUGGGAGGUUUGGAUGCUAUUGAUUUCGGACAGCUAUAAGGAUACCCAGACGGCACAACCACGUGUGACGCAUCGAAUGCACCCCCAAGUUUUGCCAACCUGGGGGCUUGUCCUGAACUGUAGUAUGUGCCUGAGGCUCUUUGAAGUUUAUCUGCUCAGGUAUUUCUGGUCAACUGUGAAAGAACAGGUUCCGUUAAUUAAACUAUCCUGUUUGGUCAUCCUGCUGAAUCAAGAUUCUCUGUCUGACAUAAUAACUCUAUGUGUAUCGGUGGAAAGCUCAUCAUGAAUUCCUGUCUCAUGUUGUAUCAGUUUAUUUGUAAAUACAUGUACAAAGAUCUAUAUUAUGUGUGUUUUCUACAAAAAAUAAAAACGGUUAAGUUUA